AUGGUUCAGGGACCCAUGGGGAACUGUGCCAAGCGGCCCUGGCGCCGGGGGCCUAAGGAACACUGGCAGUGGCCUGGAGCCCCCCUAGGGAGCCCCAGUCCUGGCCCUAGCCCCAGAGCUGAGGAGCAGGAGGGCACCCAGGGCUACUCAGUGCUUGGCAGUCUGGUGGGGCCAGCCUGCAUCUUCCUUCGACCCAGCAUCGCCGCCACCCAGCUCGACCGGGAGCUGAGACCAGAGGAGAUCGAAGAGCUGCAGGUCGCCUUCCAGGAGUUUGACAGAGACCGGGAUGGCUACAUCGGCUACCGGGAGCUGGGUGCCUGCAUGCGGACGCUGGGCUACAUGCCUACAGAGAUGGAGCUCAUUGAAAUAUCACAGCAGAUCAGUGGUGGGAAGGUGGAUUUUGAAGAUUUUGUGGAGCUCAUGGGUCCCAAGCUGUUGGCAGAGACUGCGGAUAUGAUUGGCGUGAGGGAGCUUCGAGAUGCCUUCCGGGAGUUUGACACCAAUGGAGAUGGUUGCAUCAGCGUGGGGGAGCUGCGGGCAGCCCUCAAGGCUCUGCUGGGGGAACGCCUCAGCCAGAGGGAGGUAGAUGAGAUACUCCAAGACAUCGAUCUCAAUGGAGAUGGCUUGGUUGACUUCGAAGAAUUUGUCCGGAUGAUGUCUCGGUGAGCUUGUAU